AAAAAGAUGAAUGCGCAGCUGUGUGUGAGAGGUGAGGCAACAGUGAAGAAUCAUCACCCAAAAACUGAUAGCGUUGCGCCAUCAGAUCUGUCUCAUGCUGCUCUAUGGCUCUGCUCAUUGUUUGUGUGAUCUCCCUUGUGUGAUCUGAUCUCCCGCCUCAGGUAUGGAUCUGCAUGAUCUCUCGCUGCUUUCGUGUUGAGUGAUCACGUAGGACACGAUGGACGGUCAUCCACAAGAUCCACAGGGAGAUUUGCCGCCCGAGGCGCACAACGAUCAACACAUGGAGGCUGAGGAAGAGGAGGAAGAGGAGGAGAGCGGACACGACCAAAGCCACUCACCGCCCAACGAUGCCGGUGCGCAUCAGGACGGUGAUGAGGACGAGGAGGACAGCAACGAUGGCCAACAACAGCCUCACCCCGCACCCGGACCAGCGGCAGCAGCAGCGGCAGCUGAGGCGUCAGCAUCCCCCGACCAGAAUGGCCGCGACGAACACAACGACGUCAAAGACAACGACGUCGACGAGGGUCUCGACGAGCAGCCCAGCCACCGUGCUGCCUUCGUCGAUGACGAGGCCGAGGAGGGCUCGGACGAGGAGGGUGGCGGCGGCGAUGCCGAUGCGGAGGCGCGAGCACGCAAGAAGAGGAAGCUCGAGAAGAAGAAGCGCAAGAAGGAGCGUCUGAAGGCCAAGCGUCGGAAGAAGAAGCGGAGGAAGGGCGAGGAGUGGGAGGGCGCCGAGGGUGAGGGCGGGGAGGGCGGCGGGGAGGACGAAAGCGAUGAGGAGGAGGAGGAAGGAGAGGAGGGAGAGAUUGCAGGUGCGUACGUCAUCUGCCCUGCCCGCACACGACAGCACAGCACAGCAAACACAUAUAUCGCUAUCGUUGUGCCCAUGUGACGUGCAGAUGAGAUGCGUGGUUUCAUCGUGGACGCGCCUGACGAGGAGGAGGGGAGUGAGGAGGACAUGGACGAGGACGAGGAUGAAGACGAGCGGGGCGCCCAGGACCUCGACGACGACGACUACGAACUCAUCGAGAUGAACACCGGAGCAAGGGUACUCAUUCACACUCUCACACCGAUGGAUGCCAUCCAUCCACUCUGUCCCUAUGGUGCUUGUUCGUCAGGUGCAAAAACGCCGCCGCGACGCCGAUGAGGACGAGGAGGAUCGUGGUGUGCAGCGUCGUCGGCUCAAGAAGGGCACUCGUGAUGUGGUCAGGGGUCAGGACGCCGAGGACCUCGAGGCGCAGCUCUUCACCGGGGCUGACGACGAGGAGGCCAUGGCGCCACCCGACCAACAGGACAGGAAAAAGGUCAGGGAUGCGUCGAGGCAGGAAAUGUGUGAUGGUAUCAUUUGGCGUGUCGUCUUGGUUUGUUGUGUGUGUGUGUCUGUGUUCGGUCCAGCAGCGCCGUGAUGAUUUCUUCAUCGAGGACGAGUAUUACGACGGCGAACCAGGAGGUACGCACACACAGCAACACGCCGAGAGGCCGACAACCACACGCAUGUGUGUGUGUGGAUGGAUGGAUGGAUAAACACAGAGGGUCGUGCCCGCGAGGACGCCCGUGAGGAGGCUCGCGAGCUCGAGAUGAUCUUCGGCCACAACUACGAGUUCGCCCUGCAGAUCCUGUCCGCCGACAAGUAAGCGACAGCCACAGCACGGCACCCAUGAGUGCACUCACCGUGUGUGUGUGUGUGUGUGCGUGCGUGCGUGCAGGGGUCGUCUGGCAUAUGAGAUGGAGCGUGAGCACCACGAGGGCGAGGAGAGCCCCCGCGACGAGGACGACGACAUCAGACCGGCGUACGAGAAGGAAUGGGUCAAGGUAAUAACACAGACCAAGAGCGCCACUCUGCAAUGGCUGGAUUACGUACCAUCCGUCGUGUCGGUUUGUGUGCAGAUGGGCGAGCCCGAUGAAGUCAAGCGGUAGGCGACCAGCAAAGAAUAAUUGCAACUGGGUUGAUGGAUUGAUUGAUGGAUGGAUGAAUCGCCUGGUGCGCGUGUGCAUGUCAGUGAGUUCAUGACGGCCGAGGACGAGAAGAUCAAGAAAGACAACAUGCCAGAACGACUCGUCGACAGACACAAGUCAGCCAAUCAACCACCCACCACCCACCCCCAUCUCUCGGUGCAUUUGCUGCUCGUGUGACAUUACCUGUCUGUCUGACAGGGCCCACGGCGAGAGUUUGCACAUGCUGACCGACGAGGCGCUGGAGUACGAGGCGAGCUGGCUGAUGGAGCGGUUCAAGGACAUCCCCGAGUUCGUCAAGGCCUUGAAAGACAGCGAGCUAUACGACGACCCCGCACAGGUACACACGCCACAACCUCGUAGAGAGAUACGCCCAUUUGGGCCUCGUGUGGGUCUGUCUGACAGAUGGAGAAGGUCGCCGGCCGCGUCAAGACGGCACUCCACCUGAUGCUCAGAGAAAAGAGAGAGGUGCGUCCGCGACCUCAGUCCACAGAGAGACACCCACACAUCCCUCCCACCUCCCACCUCGCGCCCCCCCUCCCGCCCUUCCUCCCUCCCUCCCUCUCUCUCUCUCUCUGUGCUGCGUUGCCCCCCCGCAGGUGCCAUGGAUCUGGUGGCACGCCCGUGAGUUGGUUCAGGUGCGGCCGCCCAGCGACGACCUGACUUUGGUGUACCGCUACGACAGGGACGACCACAGCGGCCACUACCUCCGGCACAUGGACGAGAUUAUCCACUACAUGCAGUUCCCCGAGGAGAGGGACCACGUAAAAGAAGCACGGAGGCAGCGCGACAACGAGGAGGAGAUCGACGACGAGAAACUGGUGCUCGACGAGGUCCCGUUUGUGAGCCCCUGCCUGACCGAGGAAAUGCUCUGGAAGAUCUACGAGCUCGACCUCGAGGUGCGCUGGGCUACUGGGGGGUGGGGGGGUGGGCAUGAAGCGAAGCGAGCAUCUAUGUGUGUGUCAUUAUCCGUCUGUUCAGUACUGGCGCUUGAAGGAGAUCCAUGCAGAGCUGCAGAAAGAGGUGAAUGAGUUAGUUGGCGACGGAGGGUGGGUGUCACUGCAUAUAUGUGGCGAUGGUGUGUCUUCUGUCACACAGUUGGAGUCGCUGCCAGCUCCCCUGGAGGAGCCCCUCGCCUCUCUCGUCGCGCCGUUCGGCCCCGCCACCACCGCCCAAGUGCUGCAGGACGCCACGGCGUGUGUGGACUUCUACGGCCGCCUUGUGCGCGUCAAGCAGGAGCAGCAGCAGGAGGGCCAGGCCAAGGACGAGGGGCAGGACGACCACCUCUUCGAGGACCAGCCCGCACCAACCGUCAAGAAGGAAGAAAACAAGAAGAAGACGCUGAAGACCUUCUACACGGUAUCACACCCACCCACACCAACCACCACGUGACCAUCCCGGUAGUGCAUGUCUGUCCAUCAUAACCAUCUUCCGUCGUGCCUUCACUUCAUUCAACAGUUGGUUGAGGACAAGGGCCUGGCCAGCCUGGCGCAGCACUUCUGCUACUCGCCCGAGGAUCUGCUCGAGAACUUCAAUCUCAACGGGCCUCCCUUCAAGCGCAAGGACCUCCCCACCAUCACGCGCAGGGACGCAGACGGCAACCCAAUGGACCCUGAGGUCGUCGCCGAUGAAGCCGACCUCAAAGAGGUCACUUUAACUCGCAACGCGCACGUGUGCCCCCAUCGUGUGGCAAUCCCUCUUUGUCUGUUAUCCGUCUGUCAGUGGUUCGGUCAGUACGUCGAUCGUCCGUUCUUGACGAGCGAGAAGGUGUCGUCGGCGGUGAUGGACUACGAGGCCCGGCGGCUGGCCCGCCAUCCCGGCAUCCGCCAGGCGCUGCGGCAGUACUUCGUCAAACACGCCAGGCUGACCACCCGCCCCACGGCCAAGGGCCUCGAGCUCAAGGACCCCGUGCGCAAGGAGUGGGCCGCCAUGCGCAUCAAGGACAAACACAUCGACGAGUUUCAGGUACGUCAACCACCCCAUCAGACACACACACACACGUGGGAGGCGGGCCUCAUUUGUCUGUGUGUGUCGGUCAGAUGUUUGGUGUGGAGAUGCCCGACCCGCUGCGCGUAAUCCGUCCUUGCCGUGAUGAGGAGCACCGCAUCAACGACGAGCUCGCCGACAUCCACACAAAGCGCAACCAGAUCGAGGUCGACGUCGACAACGUCCGCAAACAGCGCGACGACCCCAACACGGCGGAGGAGCAGAAGACAGAGCUCCAGGAGACGGAGAAGAAGCUCGUGGCCGAGAUGAGCGAGCUGCGCAACAAGGAGGACGAAAUCAAUCAGCAGGCGGCCAAGGCCAAGGCGUCGUUCGUUACCAAAGUGGUGGAGUGGGGCGAUGAGGUGCGGGACCUGGGCAACGGCAUGUGGCCGUCGAACAUGACGCAGCGGCGGGACGGCAGGGCUGCUCGGUACAAUAGCCAGGACAUGGCGGUAAUCCGGAUGGAGAUGGAGCCCUGGGAGCGGGUGCACUUCGGCAUCGAGUGGGACAGAGACUUUUACUGGGACAGAGAGACCUUCCUACGAGUCAACAGAGCCGAGAAAAGUGGACUCUUGGAGGUCAGCUAACCCAAACCACGGCACCUUACCCCUCCCAUGUGUGUGUGCCUGCAUCUGUGUGUGUCGUCCGUCAGGUGGCCAUCCACCUCAACCCGCUCGACCCAGACACCUUCCGCGAGCUGAGGGGCCAGGACGCCCUCGACGCUGAGCAGAAGGAGAAGGACGAGCCCAAGGAUGACACAGACAAGGAUACAGACAGAGACAAAGACAAGGCCAAGGGCAAGGGCAGGCCUUCGUACGACCGUUGGGCGCUGAGCCGGCUGGUGGAGCGGCUCACGCGGGGGUACCUGGUGGACGAGAAGGAGGAUGAGGGCGGGGAGGACCCCUUCAACGGCGUGCGCCGGCAGAUUGUGAACCGGCUGCUGGACAAGGAACUCUUCCCGCUCUUCCGCAAGGAAGUCAGAGAGCUCCUGCUCAAAAGGGUACACACACAAAAUUGGGGCGGGGGGCUCCAUCCAUCCAUCCAUCCAUGCAUCCAUGGUGUGUGUGUUGUGUGUUCUGUGUGUGUGACAGUCCCAGGAUUGGGUCAUCAAGCUGGCUCAGCGGUCGCUGCGGUGGCGUCUGGACCUGCAGGGCGUGCGCAAGGCCACCGACCUGCGGUACUUCGACAUGCCCGAGGAGGACAUCCCCGACGACUCAGAAGAGUUCUCCGAGGACGAGCUUGAGCUAUACCGAAAGGGCGUGUACCGGUCAGCAAUACACACACCUUCCCACACACACACACGCGCCGUGUGUGGAGUGCAUCGUGUAUCUGCGUGCUGUGUGGUGUUGUCAGGUCGGUUGGUGUGGUGACUGAGGAUGUGCGCAACGGGACGAUGACGCACUUUGUGGCGGUGGACCCCUUCGGUGAGCACCUUGACCACCUCACCAUGAGCUUCCUGCUCGACAGACGGCUCGACUACAACUCGCACAUCAGGAGGCGACGCGAAAAGGAGCUCGAGACCCUCACAGCAUUCUUCGCCAAAAACAGACCUGACGUGGUCGCCAUCGGCGCCUGGGGGAGAAGGUGAGUGAGCAGAUCAUCUGUGUGUGUAACUCUGUGUGGACUGUGUGUCGUGGAUGGAUGGAUGGAUGUGUGUUGUGCUUUGUGUGUUGUGUGUUUCACCAGGACGUUUGACGUUGAGCAGGAGGUUGGUGCGGUGAUCCACAGCCUCUGCAACCCCGACAGCACAACCGUCGUCCUCAGCUGGCUCGAGAAAACCAUCGAGCAGGUGCGUCGGUGCAGUGCCUGACAGACGUACCACCACACCACACCACACCACACGAGCUCGCCGACGUGUGUGUGCAUGUGGGUGCGGUGCAGGGCGUUGUGUCGAGUGGCCGUCGGCCCGUGAUGACCUAUGUCGGUGUGGACGUGGCCCGCAUCUACGCCAAGAGCGACAAGGUGGCCAAGGAACUCAAGUCCAUGCCCCCUGCCGUCCUGGAGGUCAGCCAGCGACUUACACACACACACACACACACACACACAGGCAGACUCCCUUUCAUGUGUGUGUGUGGGCUGUGUGUGGGUGUAGGCGUUGUCGAUAGCGCGCUACGUGCAGGACCCGACGAGUGAGAUAUUGAACCUCUGGGGCGACCAUGACGUCAACCCCCUGCUGCACCUCAAGCUGCACCCGCUGCAAAACAUGGUCAGCAACCACACAGACGCGAGCAGGUCACAAACGUGGAUGCUCAUCUCUCUCUCUCUCUCUCUGUGUGUGUGUGUGUGUGUGUGUAUGAUAGAUCCCGCGCGAGAAGCUCGAGGACGCCCUCCUGCAGCCCAUCAUGAGCAUCGUCAACAAGGUCAGCCACCGACACACACACACACACAAAGCGGUCGGUAUGAUGUUCGCCCACCCCACGUCAGGUCGGUGUGGACAUCAACUUGGUCCGUGACCACGCCCACCUGCAGGGCACCCUCCGGUUCGUCUGCGGCCUGGGGCCCCGCAAGGCCAGCGACAUCCUGCACAAACUCAUCCAAGACGGACACACCGUCAGGGUCAGUCACUCACUCCCUCAACACCACCACCCACCACCCACCACAAACACACACACACACACAGCAACCUCUGUGUGUCUGUCUGUGUCGUUCGUUCAUUCAGUCGCGUAAUGAGUUUGCCCGUACUGUGGAGGUGGACGACAAGGGCUACGUGUGGACCAACUGCAAGGCCUUCAUCCGGGUGGACGCGCCGUCGGUGACCGAACGCCGCGAUCUCGAGGAUGAAGACGACGAAGAAGAGAGGAAGGACGUACCGGACGGUGAGCGGGCUGGCUGCCACCUGCUCCUGCUGCGGCUGCUGCUGCUGCUGCUGCGUUGAUUGGGGUGUGUUGUGUAUGGUCACAUGUGUGUGUGUGUGCAGAUGUGUUGGACCACACGCGCAUCUUUGUGAUGCCCUAUGGCCACAACAGCCUCGAGCAGGACGAAGAGGACCUGCCAACAAAGGCACAACACACACACACACAGUCUACUGCACUCGCGAGCCCAGAGCUCAUCCGUUCGGGUGUGUGUGUGUGGUUGGUCGCUCAGCGGAAGUACUUCCGUAAGACGUUGAUCCAGCACCUGUACAACAGUUGUUUCCUGCAGCCGGAGGAGCUGCAGCGGCGCGAGCUAGACUUCCAGCAGAUGGCGGGCCACGAGAGGGACGCCAUCCUCAACAACAGCGUCUGCGAUAUGAUGCGGUACGUUCGUACGCCCGCCUGGCUCCUGCCUUAGGCACUAUUACACACAUGCACUGACACGUAUGUGUCUGUUGUGUGUCAACAAUCAGGAAGCCCGAUGACUUCGAGGCUCAGUUCGGUGAGCUGGAUUUCGACGACGUCUGCAACCAAUACGACGAAACCUACCGCGGCGUACACUGCAGGUCUGUCUGCCACCUCCCCCCCACCCCCUCUGCCACAGCACAUCACAUCCAUCACACACGUGGUAUAAGCUUUCUUUGUGUGUGUCUGUUCUGUGGUGUGCGGCCUGCAGGCCGCUGUACGACUUUGUGAAGCGCGAGUUCACCCAGCCGUACGCCGACCUCCGCAUGCCCUUCUACACCGAGCUGCCCAAGGCCCUCAUGUUCUACUGGAUCACCAAGGUACACACACUCACCUCACUCACACCCGUCCAUCGGUGGCAGGCAACAAGAUGGCUGUGUGGUGUGGUGUGGCUGGGUGUGGUGUGCGUGUACUGACUGCAGGAGGACCGUGACGAGCUGGACCACGGCACUCUGGUGUCGUGCAGGCUCGCCCGAGCCAGCGAGAAGGACACCACCAACACGGCACAGAAAUCAGACCAAAUGAGAGGGGUACGCACCGCGCGCCUUCCCACCCCACCGCCACUCCCACCCCUCACCCCUCACCCCGCGCCGCAUUAUCGCGUUGUCCGGUCCGUGCUGUGUGUGUUUGUCUGUCGUGUGUUGUGCAGGAGAUGUACGGGCUGCAGCUGCAGGUAGUGAUAGAGUCCAACGACCUGGUGGUGGGCAUCCGUGAGACCGACAUGUGCAUCUACCUGGCCGAGAUCCUCGAGAGGAGGAAGGACCCCGACUGGCUCAACCUGGCACAACAGGGCCUACGCACCGCCUCCAUGCGACGGACACCUAGUGAGGAGGAAUGAGGAAUAUAAGGAGCAAUGGAGCACCCAUGGCUGUGUGUGUGUGUGUGUGUGUGCAGGUUCCCGUCUUAAGGCAGUCGAAACGUCGCUCAUUUUCAACCACAAGCUCUUCGGCGACUCCAUCAAGAAGUACCUGCCAGAAGGUAGGUAUCAACCAACGCACACGUGCACACACACACACGCAGUCUGCCUGUGAAGUGAAUGGGUGGCCUCCAUCUCAUCUCCCCUCUGCCUCAUCUAUCUGUCCGUCUCCUCUGGCAGGUUCCAUUCUGGACGGCCGAAUCGAGGUGAUAUCCUUCGAUCCUCCCGAGAGGAUCCGUCAAUCGCACGGACAGAUGGUGCCGCUGCAGAAGUUCACCCCCGACGGCCGCAGGCGCCAGAGCUUUCUUAUGACGGCAUACUUCUCCGAAUUCCUCAGCAACGACAAACUCCAGUACACUCAGACAGAGACACGGAGCGGGAGGGAUGGAGGGUUGCAAUAUGCUAUAUCUUGUCGUUUGUCUGGCUUUGGUGUGUGCAGUGACUUCUUGGAGUGCUACGAGCGUCACAAGAUCGACAUCCACGAGUUCCCCACUAAAGCAGGCGCAUACAGCGAGCUGGACCAGCAGCAAAAGUGAGCUGGCACACACCCCGCCAUCGAUCCAUCCAUCCAUCCAUCGAUGUGUUUGUGUGUGUCGAUUCCAACAGGGCGGAGGGUCGUCCGCUUGCGCGUCGCAACAUCCACCACCCGCACUACAGACCAUGGACUGAGGAAAAGGUCAACAAAGCAGACACGCCCACCCAACCGCCCACAUGCACUCCCCUUCCUCCCUCCCUCCCUCCCUCCCUGCGUCACUCACCCCUUCCUCCAUGCAGAGUCACGAGGAGCUGUCCAAGGACGAGCACCCUGUCGGGCAGUGGUACGUGCGGCCGACCCAGGGCACCGGCCUCUUUCUGGACCUCAAGGUGUCCAAAAACCCCAACGUCAUCGAAACCUUCCGAAUCAGUGAAGACAAACUCCCCGGCAGAGGUAGGUAAAGGGACGAUGAGAUGGUGGGCUGGGCGGGGCGGCUGAUUGAUGGAUCACCUGCCCUUGACGUGAUGUGGAUGGGUGGGUGGAUGGCUGCAGGCGAGUUGGGUCACGAGUUGCGUCUAAGGUCACAUUUCAACCCGGGCGUGUUGAGGGAUCUGGACCAGCUGAGCUCUCAGUUCAUCGAGCCCCUCACACAGAACCUGGAGCAGGUCUACAGCCAUGAGGUGGGUGAGUGCGUCCCGUGGGCCACACCCAUGUUAACAAAGGCAUGAUGGGUAUCGUCCGUCCGUCAUCAGAAAUUUGUGGAUCGUUACCGGACUGUGGAUGGCGAUCCGUCGAGCGAGUCGCCCUACGUGGAUGGCCUGCGGGCUAAGCUGACCGACGACGACGCGUACGAGAUUGGGGCACAGAUGAAGAGCAGAUGGGGCAUCUGCAGGACCGACAGGGUGAGUGUUUCCCUCCCUCCCUCCGCCCCUGCGCCCCUGCACACAGGCAGUGUGUCUUGUUCAUUUGUGUGUCUUGUUCAUGUGUGUGUGUGUGUGUGUGUGUGUGUGCUGUCUAGUCCAAGGUGCAGACGCCUCUGACGUUUAUCUUGGGCAUCGUGCCCCAGCCCGAGAACAAGGACGUGCAGGACUACGACCCCAUGCGCAUGUCGCACAGGGGGUUCAAGCUGUGGACACAUGUACGCCACGCCACACACACUGACACCCCACGCACCUCCAGCCCCCACCCACACACGCACGUGCCUCUGCUGUGUGGUCAGGAGGAGAGGACGCUCAAGGACCUCAUUGCGUGGUGGAAGCGCGAAGGAUACACCAACGUAAGAAAGACCUCCCCACCCUCACACACACUCAUUUGUCCCCCAUUCAUUCGCACCACUCACUCCUGUGUGUGUCUCUUGUGCUUGUGUCUGUCUAUCGCAGAAAUACACGGAGCGUGACAAGUGGACCAAGGAGGAGGAGGCCCGGCGGCUGCAGCGGGAGCAGCUCAUCCAGAAGCAGGAGGAGCUCGAGCAGCAGCGCAUGAAGAACGUCAACCCACAGUACUACAACCUCUUCGGCACCGCUGUCGUCGGCGCCAACAUACACCCGCAGACCGUCUACCAGGCAUACGACCCCGUAAGAAGCCACCCAGCCAUCCAGCCAUCCAUCAAUCCGUCGAUCUCAAUGCAUGGCUCUCUCUCUGUCCUGUGUGUGUGUGUGUUGUGCAGAAUGGUCCUCCUGCCCCGUCUGCCCGUCCAAUGGGCUACAGCCAGUACGCCGCCCCUCCUGUCCAGCAGCAUCAGCAGCAGCAGCAGCCAUUCGUCCCCGGCCUCGCACACGCCUACAACAGCGCGCAGCAGCCCCCAGCCAUCGGCGGCGGCCUUACCGGCCACCAGGCCCUCGACAUCGCCAGGCGGCUCCCCGCAGACUCGCACAAGCCACGCCCUCGUGGACCCCCCCAGCAGCCGUCCACCUUUGCAGACCAGUUCGGGCCGGCACCUGGCCUGGCCCCCCCAUCGAACUCUGGUGGGCAGCGAUCCAGCAUGGCUGUCCCUCCAGCUCCGUCAUCACAAUUCUCAGGCGGUGGAUCGGCGAGUGGGGGAUAUGGCCGUGGUGGUGGUGGUGGUGGUUAUGACAACCGUGGUCGUGGAGGUGGAGGUGGCGGCUAUCGGCCGUCAGGUGGGGGAGGGAGAGGAAGGGGUGGUCGGGGAGGUCUGGACCGCGGCUUUGUGAGAGCUGAGAGGCAGGGCGGCGGGUACGGCUACAGAGAGAGAGAAAGGGACACCGGCGGUGGCGGUGGGGGAGGCCGUGGGGGGUACGGCUACAGAGAGAGGGAGAGGGACACUCGUGCUGCUACUGGUGCAAAUGAGGUUCCCCUCGGUCCUGGAGGUGGGUGGAGGGGGCGAGGAGGCGACACCCGCAAUGGCACUGACAGAGGAGGUCAGGGACAUCCGAGAGAGGCAGGCAGGCAGGCAGGCACAUCCAUCCCCGUCACCAAAUGUCGGUCCUGUCCUCUCUGUCUUGUCUUGUUGGUUCAGGCUAUGCUGGUCGUGACAGCGGCCCUCCCCCCUCACGAGAACCCCCCGCCCCUCCGCCAUGGGCUGUGAAGCCGUCCAAUGGGCCACCUGCUGCCGCAUUUCCUGGUGCUGCUGCUAGUGGCGGUGGACCCCCUGGCGAGCCGCCGAAAGCUGCUGCUGGUGGUGCUUCCAAACAGGCCGCCUUUCUGGACGACAACGACGACAGCUGGGAGUGAAGGAGAGUGGAUGUGGUGGCGUGGGUGCGCUGCUACUGUGGUGUGUAAGUGCGUGCCUUGUGUAACCGUGCUGGUGGGUGGUCGAUGUGAGUGACGCGUGAGUGGCUGUUUUAAACACACAUGAUGGACAGACGCUGCGUGUGGACAUGUGGG